CGUCUCAGUUGUUAAAAGAAACACCGGUGUUAGCAGCAAAAAAAAACCGUACUAGAUAUUGUACUGGUUUGAUUGAAUUUUACACAAAUUAGUGGACACGCCGGUUGAAUUUUUGACACGGUUUAAUUCGCAUUUUUUUUAUAUAUAUAUAUAUUUUUUUAAUUUUGUGUUAAGUGUUGUUCGGACUGUUGAAGUAACAAAAUGGUUUUUAAGAAAGAUAAUCACAAGAACCUUUCUGAAGAAGACACUAAAGGACAAAGAGACCUUCAAGGUGAAGGUGGCGGAGGUCAAAGAGUGUUUGCCUAUGAUAAUCCAGCCCUUUCUUUAUCCGACGAUAGUUUAAAACCCAGGUCCAGUGUGGAUUUCCAGGGAAGCAGGGAUUUUAUUUUAAUUAACGAAACAGCCAAAAAAACAACCCCUUUUGAAAAAGUAAAAGAAAUAGUCCCUUUGGUGAAGAAAAAAGCAUCCAGUGCCUUUACGAAGAAAACUCUAUACAAGAAAUUGCCAUUCUUAGGAUGGAUACCCACCUACGACAAAUCCUGUGCUUUAGGGGAUUUUUUAGCUGGAGUUACCGUAGGUCUUAUGGUCAUUCCUCAAGGAUUGGCUUACAGUGGUAUAGCAGGACUGCCAACCCAAUACGGUCUCUACGGUUCAUUCCUGGGAGCGAUAGUUUAUAUAUUUUUCGGUAGCUGCAAGGAUGUUCCCAUGGGCCCCACCGCCAUUUCCGCCCUGCUGACUUUCCAAGCGGUCAAAGGAUUGGGGGCGGAACACGCCAUUUUGUUGUGUUUCUUUACGGGGGUCGUCCAGUUUCUUAUGGGCUUGUUUGGAUUAGGAUUUCUCAUAGAUUUUAUCUCCGGACCGGUAUCUUCAGGAUUUACAUCAGCAGUGGCUCUAAUCAUUUUAACAUCCCAAGUGAAGGAUAUUUUGGGAAUACAUGCAGCUGGUUCCGUAUUUACUGACAUUUGGAGGAACAUUUUCAAAGAUAUACACAAUACCAAUGUUUGGGAUACGGUUUUGGGCAUCUGUUGUAUUGCCGUCCUGCUUAUCAUGAGAAUUAUUGGGCAAUUUAAACUUGGCCCUUCCAAAGGAGAACCGUCAACCUUCCAAGCAGCCUGCAAUAAGUUUCUCUGGUUAUUUUCAACAGCUAGAAACGCCAUUAUCGUCAUAGUUUGCGGAUUUAUUGGAUAUUCAUUUUAUGUAAAUGGUGAGUCUCCACUAACGCUAAUAGGAAACGUACCACCAGGAUUACCCAGCCUACAACCCCCGCCGUUCGGCUACACCAAGACCAUAAACGAAACUGAAAUUCACGUAUCAUUCUUCGAAAUGAUGUCAAACUUAGGCACCGGCAUCAUCGUAACACCCUUAAUCGGUCUUCUUGAGACCAUUGCCAUCUGUAAAGCUUUUUCUAAUGGUAAGCCGGUGGAUGCCACACAAGAACUUAUAGCAAUAGGUCUUGCAAACAUUGCAAACUCUUUCGUGCAAGCUUUUCCGGGCGCUGGCGCACUGGCCAGAAGUGCCGUAAAUAAUAGCAGCGGUGUUAAGACACCAAUGGGAGGACUCUAUACGGGAUUAUUAGUCAUUUUAGCUUUGCUAUUCUUUACGCCGUUUUUCUAUUUUAUUCCUAAAGCUGCCUUAGCGGCCAUCAUUAUCGCUGCCGUGAUCUUCAUGGUGGAAGUUAAAGUUGUUAAGCCGAUGUGGAGGUCAAAAAAAAGUGAUCUAUUUCUGGGUGUAGCCACUUUUGUGGCAUGCCUGGUGCUGCCACUGGAAAUUGGAAUUUUAGUUGGAAUUGGACUUAAUUUGUUGUUUAUUCUGUAUCAUGCUGCUAGGCCCAAAAUUAGCAUAGAAAAGCUAACGACUCACGAAGGCACAGAGUACUUAAUCCUAACUCCAGACAGAUGUCUCAUAUUCCCAUCUACCGAUUAUGUCAGAAAUUUGGUAACGAAACAUUCCAUCCGCCAAGGCAUCCCGGUGGUCAUCGAUUGCACCCACAUCUACGGUGCUGACUAUACCGCCGCCACAGUUGUCGGUACUUUAACAAAAGAUUUUGCUGCUAGAGGCCAACCCUUAUUCUUUUACAACCUAAAACCCUCGGUAAGUGCGGUUUUCGAAGGGUUGUCCCCUACGGAUUUUGUGGUUUAUUAUGACCAUGACCAGUUGGAUGAUUUAUUAAGGCAUAGGGAGCUAGAGAAAACUGGAGGGCAGCAGCAUAUUGUGUAAAAAUAGAUAAGAAAUUGUUCGAUUUGUUUUAAUAUACCGUCAGUGACGACCUUUUUAUGGUA